AUGCCGCCCACCGACAGCCAUGGUUCCUUUCUCACCCGGAUCAGUAUCCGCCGGAACCAGGUUGUCUCCAUGGACGUCAACCAUGAACAAGAGCUUGAAGAAAUCGAAUUGUUUCAGAAACACGUAUCCGAUCGUUUCAUUCAACUCUUACCACCUCAAUCUCCUAUCCUUCCCACCGCCGCUGACGGAGAAGAAACAACAGUCGUCGACACACCCGAAACCCUCCUUUCCAUCGACUGGUUCCGUAAACUCCUCGAUGCAUAUCUUUGCUGCGAGUCUGAAUUCAAGGCGGUUCUGAUAAUUGGCCGGGACGCCACUCAUUUCUCCAAACCGCCUCUGGACCGGCUCCUUCCUGAACACCUGGACCGGACCGUCAAAGCUUUAGACAUCUGUAAUGCGAUUACUCACGGGAUUGAGUUGAUUCGCCAUUGGCAGAGGCUUGCCCAGAUUGCGGUGGAGGCUCUCCAGCAACGGCCAAUCGUUGAAGGACACGUCAGGAGGGCAAAAAGGGCAUUGAACACACUUCUGACGUCGAUGACGGUUGGCGACAAGGAGAUCAACCACCACCCCGGAAAAUCAGCAGAACGAAUGUGGUCAAUCAGUCGGCGUGGUGGUGGUGGUGUUGUUCCCCCCACCGUGAACCAUUAUCGAACGACAAUCGGAAAACCAAGAUCAUUCUCGUAUUGUUUUUCCAAGUCAUGGUCUGCUUCCAAACAGAUUCAGGCGAUGUCUACCAAUCUUGUGGCUCCCCGCGGUGGCGAGUCGACUGGGUUGGCUCUCCCGGUUUACAUAAUGAGUUCGGUUUUGGUUGUAGUAAUGUGGACGUUGGUUGCGGCGGUUCCAUGUCAAGACCGAGCGGGGCUGGGGAGCCAUUUCCAGCUUCCAAGACACCUGGGGUGGGCCCAACCUAUGAUCGGAUUGCAGGAGAAGAUAGGAGAGGAGUGGAAGAAGAAGGAGAAGAAGGGAACGGCGGGGUUAUUGGCUGAGAUACAAGUGAUAGAGAAAGUAGCUCAGAAUCUUGUGGAAUUCAGUGAAGGGUUUGAGUUUCCAGUGGGGGCGGAGAAGGCGGAUGAAGUGGGGGCACAGGUGAUGGAACUGGGGGAGAUAUGCCUGAGAAUGGAGGUAGGGUUAGGGCCGUUGCAGUUGCAGGUUAGGGAAUUGUUUCAUAGGAUGGUGAGGAGCCGGGCGGAGGUGCUUGACGUCAUGGACCAAGUUGGUAAAAUUACGACGCCAGUCCCUUACUAA